GAUGCAUUGGCCGAGUAAAAAUGGUAAGUAGUACAUUUGGUAACUGUAUCAGAUCAGAGUCGCAAUGCAUGACUUCAUUGCUACCACGUAUAGUGUUUCUAUCUUUACGCAUAAAUCAGAACAGCAAAUUAACUACCGGUGUUUCGUCAUUCUAAUGUAUACUUUGCUCAUUUGCUUUAUGAGAUGGAACUCCAAUAUGAAUAUUAUGGUAAUACAUAUGCAGUAUUAUUUUUGUGCCUUUUUUUUUUUCUUCGGAGUCAGUAUAGAUAAUCCUACGGAUGGUCAUAUCCAAACCUUUCAGAUGCUCAGUGCACGCAAGUUGUUCAAAAAAGGUCAAAGAAGACGUGAAAUGCACCCCUAACGAAUACAAAAGGGAAGUGUUAAGAUUUCUGUAUAGUCUAAUAAGUACUUUCAUGACGAAGAGUAAAAUGAUGGAGCUUGGUUACGUUCGAGCAAUCAAUUUAUUAAAUUCUUGAAACAUACCUUUUUACAAAAUCUAUGUGUG